GUAACCUCCUCAAAUGUGGUUGUGGUUCACAGUAAUCUGAUUGUGGUUCACAGUAAUCUGGUUGUGGUGCACAGUAAUAUGGUUCACAGUAAUCUGGUUGUGGUUCACAGUAAUCUGUUUGUGGUUCACAGUAAUCUGGUUGUGGUGCACAGUAAUCUGGUUGUGGUCACUAAUAUGGUUGUGGUGCACAUUAAUCUGGUUGUGGUUCACAGUAAUAUGAUUGUGGUGCACAUUAAUCUGGUUGUGGUUCACAGUAAUAUGGUUGUAGUUCACAGUAAUAUGAUUGUGGUUCACAGUAAUAUGGUUGUGGUUCACAGUAAUAUGGUUGUGGUUCACAGUAAUAUGGUUGUGGUGCACAUUAAUCUGGUUGUGGUUCACAGUAAUAUGAUUGUGGUUCACAGUAAUAUGGUUGUGGUUCACAGUAAUAUGGUUGUGGUGCACAUUAAUCUGGUUGUGGUUCACAGUAAUAUGAUUGUGGUUCACAGUAAUAUGGUUGUGGUUCACAGUAAUAUGGUUGUGGUGCACAUUAAUCUGGUUGUGGUUCACAGUAAUAUGAUUGUGGUUCACAGUAAUAUGGUUGUGGUUCACAGUAAUAUGGUUGUGGUUCACAGUAAUAUGGUUGUGGUUGUUCUCCUCAAUGACCGUGAGCCUCAACACAGAAAGCUCUUCAAUGUAACCCAUCCCCAUCAACAUACAUGGUUACAAAUAAAACUAUCUCAUGUAAAAAAUAACCCCACCUUCCCAUUAAUAGUGUAACAUAGAAGCAAUGGGAUAUGUAAUGGUUACAGGGCAAGGUUUAACACAUGGCUCAAAGCAUGUUGAAAUUAGAGGGCAUCAGUACAUGGUUAGAAGUCAUUAGAAGCAGAUUAGAUGGCAUAGCAGUGGAAAUGUACAUGGAUGUUUUGAGCAUAUCACUAAUAUCAGAUUAGAGGAAAUAUAUGGAAUAAUGACAUAUAUGUGAUUCAAUAAUGCUGUACAUAUGAAAGGCAUGAUAACAGACUAGAUAACGGUAACUAAUCUGACAGGUAGAUAUACCGUACAUGUAUGGGUCUGAUCUGGGAGGAUAACUCGAUAUAUAGUGAAGGUCAACCAUUUGUAGGACAAUGAGUUCAUAUAUUUAGUUGCAAAUGUUUAAUUUUUUUGGCUAAAGAGUGUGCUAAUUUGAAAUGAUUUCUUUUUAAAUGAGCAGUCUUGAUUUUUACAACAUGAUUUUUACCUAUUCAAAAACAGUGAAUGAAUUAAACAGAAGUGCAUGUGUGGCUGCAAUAAAUGAUGUGAGAUAAAGUUUUUAUACCAAAAUAAAGAACAUCAACAUACAUCUGUGAUUGUCUAAUAUUGAAGUUACAUGUAUAAGAAAACACUACAUUUGCUUCUACAUGUCAAGACACAUACUAAUUACACAAGUACGUUACUGUCCACUAGAUUACACUAGAUGGACAAUAAUAAGUAGGCUGGCACUGCUUAGUGGUUAGAUCUGAACAACUAUUACACUGAUAGAUAAUUUGCAAAGCAGACUGGACAUGACACAGUUAGUCCAUAGACAUUCAUUCAUAUAAAUGCAUAUGUAUAUAAUAUAUACUGCUCCCGAUGCAAGGCAGCGAGGGAGAUCU